CCCACCCGGGCCCGGCAGCAGCGCGAGCGCGCAAGUCAAACUUGAGCCAUAGGAAUCCAUUACCCGAAAUCGCUCAGUCGCUCAGUGUUCCACCCACGUGCGUGAAGUCGUGUCGUGUCGUUAUUGUUAAUAAUUUUAUUGACGAUGACAUCAAAAGGUAAAAGACAACUCCAAGUGUUGGAUUUUUUUAGAAAAAAGCCGAGAGUGGAGCUUACACCAAAUUCAGAUGAUGAGUUACCGAAGAAUCCUCCAGUCAAUAAAGAUGAUGACGAGUUGCAGUCGCAAUACGAAAUUUCGAGGGCCGAGCACGAGUAUGAUAUUGCAAAUUUCCCAGGAAUUGACGUGGCAAAUAGCAGGAAAGUCGAAAUAUUGGAGAAGCUGUGGCAGCCGACAGAAACAUUCCAGUUUCCCUCAUCUGGUAAUAGAAAUUUGAAAUUUCAACACAAAUGGUUCCACCAGUGGAAGUGGCUUAGCUAUUCCAAGGAAGUGGACGGUGCGUACUGUAAAUGUUGUGUUUUAUUCAACACAAAUACCGGAGUAGGGUUGGGAAAACAUCAGAAAGUUGGGCAACUAUGUACAGAAAAGUUCUGCAAUUGGAAAAAAGCCAAAGAACGUUUCACCGAACAUCAAACACGUGAAUAUCACCAGCACAACGUUGAAAACGCCGCCCUCAUUACCAACAUCGUUAAAGGAAAACAGGAUCCAAUUAAUCUGCAAUUAAAUCAAGAGGAAAAAAACCAAAUUCUGGAAAAUCGAAAAACACUGGAGCCCAUAAUAGAAACAGUUCUUCUCUGCGGAAAACAAGGGUUGGCUUUGAGAGGACAUAGAGAUGGAGGACGAAUUAUUGUAGACCCGGAAAAAGAUGAUAAUGAAGGAAACUUCCGAGAAAUUUUGAGAUAUAGGGCCAAAUAUGAUGAAACUCUGCAACGAACCCUGCUUAAUAGCAAAAGAAAUGCCCUUUAUACAAGCUGGAACAUUCAGAACGAGAUUAUUGAGAUCAGCAAUGACCUUAUUCUGCAAAAACUGAUAACAAAGAUAAAUUUGUCUGGAUAUUUUUCAGUAUUAGUCGAUGAGACCACUGACAUAUCAACCACUGAGCAAAUGUCCCUCUGUAUUCGCUGUGUUGAUCCAUCUUUUACAUUUGUGGAGGAACUUUUUCUACAGUUUAUCCCAAUUGAGGAUGUCACAGGCAAAGGAAUUGCUACUGCAAUCGUUGAUAAUCUUAAACGCCUUGGGAUCGAUGUGAGUAAAAUGCGUGGCCAAGGGUAUGAUGGUGCAGCUGCUAUGAGCGGUCAGUUUAAUGGUGUACAGGCGCACGUUAGAGCCUUAUAUCCGCAAGCGAUUUAUGUUCACUGUGUGGCUCAUUCAUUAAAUUUGGCUGUCUCGAAUUCGUGUGAAGUAUCCGCAAUAAGAAACUGUUUAGGCACCAUAGAAACACUAUAUAAUUUUUUCCACACUCCAAAACGGCAAUUGGUGCUGGAAGAAAGCCUGAAGGAAUUGGAAGUUGCAUCUUCCCACGAAAAAAUAAAGCGGCUUUGUGCAACAAGAUGGGUCGAAAGAUACAACUCUGUAAUGGUUUUUGUCGAACUUUUCGAUGGAAUUAUACUGGCAUUACAUAAAAUUUCUGAAUGGCCGGAUAAGGAGUCCGCAAAUGCUGCUCAUCAACUUGACUGCACAUUAAAAAAGGCCGAAUUUGUUAUUGCAUUGUCAGUAAUAAAUCAGGUGUUUUCUUACAGCAGUAUUUUAUGCAAGAUGCUGCAGCAACGGAAUAUCGACUUGAGAAAGGCAGCAAACUUAGCUGAAGACACAAUAGCUGAAAUAAAGAAGCUACGUGAAGAUGCUAAGCCCGGGUUCGCAAAAUUAUUUGCUGGCGUUCAGGAGCAAGCUGGUAGACACAGAAUCGACAUUUCCCAACCCCGGAUUACAUCGAAGCAAACCAACAGAUGCAAUGUUGAGGUUAGUCAUGUCGAAGAUUAUUUUCGAGUGUCGAUUUAUAUCCCGUUCUUGGAUGCUUUUUUGGGCAACUUAGAGGAUAGAUUCACCAAGCACAAAGAGAUUUUGAUGGGUUUCCAGUGUUUACUGCCAACCAAUCCCCAUAGUCUAACUGAUAAAACUUUAGAAGAAUUCAAGUCUCUAAUCUUAUUUUAUAAGGAUGAUCUAAAUGGCAGCAUGGAUGAGCUAACAGCAGAGCUGAAAUUAUGGUACAGACUGAUUGCUAAGUUGGACAAGCAGGAAUGGCCUAAAGAUGCUUUGAGUGCAAUAAAAUAUUGCGCUGAUGACGUUUUCCCAAACAUAAAGACAUUACUGCAUAUAUUAGCAGUACUGCCUGUUUCCACGGCGGAAAAUGAAAGAUCUUUUUCGACAUUACGCCGUUUGAAGAACUACUUGCGAAAUGCUACAUCCGAGACUCGACUUAAUGGACUAACGCUCUUGCAUAUAUUCAGAGAAUUGACUCCAUCAGUGGAAUCAAUCCUUAAUAAAAUGUCCGAAAAACCAAGGAAGCUAAAAAUCAAACUUUAG